AUGGCAGAAUCACAUUUUUCAAAAAUUACAGCACAUUUAUCUUUGCUGAAGUCAGCUCAAAUGAAGAGGCGUGCUCGUCUUCCUUCUUCAGACUCGAAUUUAAAACUUCAAUUAUCUCUAAAAGCAAUACCCAAUAAAACCUACACAAAUUUAGAUUUAUUAGAGGAGGGCAAAAAUCUCAAAAGAUCAGUCCCAAGGUCCCGUAAAAGCUUUUCACAGUCUGCCCAGAAAAUUUGGCUUUCCAAGCCUAAAUCAGGCUUAGAAGUGCAACGAAUUAGAGAAAGAAAUUUAAUUCAGAAAUAUUCCAAAUCGGCUGAUAUUUCUCCACGGUCUGUAAUACAAUCUGGAGUUUUUAGCUUCAAAACACUAUCAGUACUUUUAGAGCACUGCCGUUUGAAUAUCAACGUUCCAGAUACAUUGAUUUUUGGAUAUGGAUUUGAAUCUCCUAGCUUAAUUUAUUGUUUCUAGCGGAAUGACUACACUGCACAAAUUAGCCUUUUUUUGAUCAAUAUUUAUUGGCUAUUUUUUUGAAAUCUUUUGCCUAUUGUUUUAUCCAAAAAAUUAUGUAAAAAAAACCUCAAAAUAAUUCAUAAUGAAUUAUUGAAAAAUAGGUCAAAAACAAUUAAACAAAUAGCUAAAAAAUAACCAAAAUAAUCAGGCCAAAAUAAUGGUCUAAAAAAUAAAACAAAAAUAACCAAAAUAUAUCGAAUAGAUAUCCUUAAAAAAUAGUUUUAAAAAUAAGCUAAAAAAGUCCUUGCAGCGAAUGCGCAAUUUUAAGUCAUGCUAAUUUAUACUGAUUUUGAUGGGAGUUUAAAAAUCAAGACCUCUUUGGUAGCCUCACAGAUAUAUACUAUUAUUAGAAUAUUUGAAGCCCAUAGAAAAUCUAACCUAAUUAGUCCUCUUGCGAUAAUGAAAACUCCUGACAGUCAUUAUGAUAGGAUCUUUAUGAAGGCAAAUGAAAUUAAAUAUGAACUAAAAGAUGCAUAUAAACAUGAAGCAGUUAUACAGAGAUAUAUUUUGCCGAAAGGGAGGAAAGCUUUUAAGAUAAGGAUCAUGUGGAGUUUAAAAGAGUUAAAAAUUUUUACAAUUACUAAUAAAGAUAGGUUAGAUGGGAAAAAGGAAUAUAAUGCAUUGGAUAGCGUUUAUUAUGUGUGCAGCCCAAAAGAGGCGUAUAAGAGAUAUGGAAGAGAAGGAAUUCCUCUUACAAAUCACACAAAAAUAGUUCAAAAAAAGUAUGAAGAUACAAAAGAGCCAUCAAAUUCAGAAAAAAUUGAAAUUCAAGUGAUCAGAACUCCUGAAAAAUCAUCAAGACAUAGCCCAGUUUUAAUUAAAAAAUCUCUUCAGGACUCUUACUUAAUGCCCCUCGAUAAAUUUUUUGCUAACUCCCCCCCCCUCCGUGAGCGAACAAAACCAUUAGAAAAAUCGCCAUUUUUUGACCAAAAACCCACCCUCCGUGAGUGAACAAAAAUUUUUUUAAUAGAAAAAAUUUUAAUGGAAAAAAAUUUUGAUAUAUAAGUGAUAAUUAGUAUAAUGAAAUCUAGAGCUAAUUCUGUUUAAUUUUUAAAACAAAUUGCGUUUUAAAACAUAAAUUUUGCAAAUUAAAUUAAUAUUUGCUUCCCAAUUUUUGCAAAUUAGGAUUUUUUUUAAAUUUCGAAAAAAAUAUUUUUUUAUAAAAUUUAUAUAUAAAUUUUUUUUAAAAAAAACAAUUAACCCCCCUCCGUGAGCGAACAAAAUUUUUUUGUUCGCUCACGGAGGGGGGGGGGGAGUAAAGAAAAAGGCUUAAUGGGUAAACUAGUAGAAAUGGGUUCAUUUGACGACACUUUUCGAAGUGCGACUUACUCUGAAGAUUUAAAUAAAAAAUCACCACUAAGACUAGCUAGAAGUGUUAGCAAAAAUGAAACUGAUUAUUCAGGUAUGGAUACAGAAAAUAUGUCAAACUCCUCCUUCGCAGUCUUAAGGAAACAGAAAACCCAGCACCAAAUAGCAGAAGAUUUUGAGGAAUAUUUAAGCUCAUCAAAAUCAUAUCCAGGCUUAUCCUUAAAAGCACUAUAUCAUGAAUUAAACUAUGGCAAACAGUUUGAUGCAUAUAAAAACGAAGAAAUUCUGGUUGAUGAGAGAGCUUUAUCUAAUUAUUAUAUCAAUAAAUUGAGAAAUAUGUACUGCACUGAAUCGGAUAUCCCAGAAAAAACCAUUAUUUACGAAAUAAAAAUGAAUCAGAGCUAUGCAGAUGCAGUAAGGCAGCUUCAUGAAAUAAGAGAGCAUAUAAACAAAGUAAUUCUUGCUAAAGAAAAUUUAAAACUCUCUGAGCUAGUUUUAGACUUUUCUGAGGAUAGAGAUAAAAAAUUUUAUUUCUUAAAAAUUUUUACUUAUAAAUGUACCCAGCUACAAAAUGAGUCAGCAAGUUUUGUGUAUUCAAAGAACCCGAAGUUUUUUUGCCCUGGAGAAUACUGUGGAAUCAGAAAAAAGUUUUCAAGAACCAGCGAGAAUUCUACAAAGGUAGCAUCAAUAGUAGAAAAGCAAGAAAAGGGAAAAAUGAUUCUUAGAAAAAGCCUUUUAAUUGAUAAAUUAAAAGAUACAAACAACAUAACUGAGCUUCUUAAUCCAAGACUCUAUGAAGGAGUAAUGGUCUGCAACAACUGUUACAAAGCCUACACAGAAAAGGAAAAGCUCGACUACGAAAAAAACCUCAAAGAAGCUAUGGAAGCUCGCAAUAAAAGGAUGCUCGAUAAUAAAAUAGAAAAACUCCUUGAUGAAGAAAAGCCUUUACUUCUCCGAUCCUUGAUCGAGCGGUAUAAUUGAAAAUUUCCGAUACCCCUUGAUCGAACUAUUUUCAUCUUGUUAAGAAUGAAAUCUACUCUCUACCACCUUAAAUCUAACUAUCUAUAUUUAAAAUAAUGGAUCUUAAGAGAUUAUACCACAUAACUGUUUCUAUGCAAUUCCAAUGCUUGAGCUUAAUUUUAAUUGCAGGUUAGCUGCGGCCAUAUUAUUAGCGCAAUCACCCAGGAUCUCCUAGGGUGAGACUACAUUGCCGGAGACAAUAACUCGACCGAGAUGCCCUAUUUAUUCAUGCAAUUUCAAUUCAAUUUCUUACAUAUUUUUAAUAUAUUAAUCACUCUAUCACAAAUCGCUAUAUAGAAAAUUUAGCAUUAGAACUCCUUUUCUUGAUUGAGCACAGACGAAAGAAUCGAUCAAGGAUGAGCCGAUUUAGAAAAAUUAAAAGAAAUGAAGCGCACAAAUAAAUACUGUGAAUUCAACAACUCAAUUUCCUACUACAAGAAAAAUUCCCCAAACAGCUCUCUAAAUACUGGCCAUCGCAAGCAAAGCUCAAUGUUCGCCAACAUGAGAGAAAUGUAUUUUCGUGCUAAAAAAGAAGAAAUUGAAGACAUAAUAAAUAAUGAUUUUGAAGUUUAUUAA